AUGGCGGAUAUAGAGGCAGAGCUUACCCUAGCUGGCAAGGAGCUAGACAAGGACGAAGAAAUCGAGAGAAUCCGCAACGUCUUUAGUCUCGAUGCUUACGCAGUUCUCGGCCUCCAACCAGGUGUGCCAGAGUCGGAUAUCAAAAAAGUCUACCGCGCGAAGUCCCUCCUCAUCCAUCCCGACAAGACCAAGAACCCGCUUGCACCAGAUGCCUUCGACCGCCUCAAGAAAGCGCAGUCCAUGCUGCUCGACGAGAAACUUCGUGCCGAGCUAGACGAGAGUGUAGCCGAUGCCCGCAUGCUACUCAUGCGCGAGAAAAAGCUCACCGCCGACGAUGAAGAGACGCGGGGCGAGGAGUUCAGGAAAGAGUGGAGAGAGAAGACCAUCUGGGUCAUACGCGACAACGAGCAGAGAAAACAACGGCAGAUGAAAGCUCAGAUGCGCGAGGAAGGACGCCAGCAAAAGAAAGAAGACGAGGAACUCGCCGAGAGGAAGAGGAAGCGCGAGCACGAUGAUGCGUGGGAGAAGAGCCGUGACCAGCGCAUCGGCAGCUGGAGAGACUUCACGCAGGGCAAGAGACCCGAACCCGAAGGCGGCAAGAAGAAAAAGAAAAAGGUCAAGGCUCUUGGUUGAGCGUGGUGGGAUUGUGAUGAGCACGAGAGAUACCACUGCAAUUGGGAAAGACUAUGCGAUCGAGCGCAGCUCUAUUCUGCAUUCUGACUGCGCUCCACACCGUAUCGACUUCUGGGCCUUCCACGCACCAGAAAGCACAUUUGUCUUCAUCACCGAGGUUCGUCUGCGACCGCGCCAUGAUCUCAUUUCGCUAUGCUCAGGCGUUCACGCAUGUCUUUUAGGCUUUCGCCAAGGCGCAUUCGGUGUUUCAGGUUCCAAAGCUUAGCGUGGCGUUGGGAACCAGAUCGACAUUUGAUAUUCAC